CCCAAAUACGAUGGUUUUUAUUCGGGACUGUUCCUCCGUGGUCGGUCCUGGCGAUUCCAGCGUUUCCGGCUUGGUCCAUGUCGGCCCAGACCCUGAGUACAAAGGGGCCUUCGUGGCUCCCGGCUCCCAGACCCGCUGGGCAACCUGCCAGGCGCUUUGGGGCCCCUCUGACUCUGGCGACUUCGCAUCCGGGGCCCUCCGCUGCCACCAGAUCCUGGCCGGGAGAGGCCAGCUUCCUCUGACAGGCGCAGGGUCAGGGGGCUUCAGCGGGGCACAAGCCACCCGAAACGCCCCGCCGGACCUUCCUGUACCCCCCCCCCACGGUUUCAAAGAGCAAGAGAAAAGGGGGUGGGUGGGGCGAAAGGUGAAAAAGGCUUUUGCCCCGCUUCUGUCCUACUUUAAGGGCCUCUUUCCGGACAGUUUACCUCUCUGUCCGUGCAGGCGAGGAACGCGAAUUUCUGUUUGGGCAGAAAAAUCUGCAGUUUUGGCUGGCCACGUCGUGAAGGGGAGGGCAGGGGCUGCGGGGUCUCCUUCCAGGCCAAAGGCCUCACCCAUGUGGGAAAUCCCUCCGGUCUUUCUCCGGGCCAAACAGUCCCGGGGGAGGAAAGGAGGCUGUCUUGUUUUCAGGCCCAAAAUAUCCAAGCAGGCCCAGGGACAUGGGCGAAGCGCCCCUCGGUUUCACGCGUUUGCGAGAAUAUAA